AUGAAGACAUCAAAAGCUCUUGACUUCUUCGGUGGAAGUGAAAAUAUUACGAGAAAGUUUUUAAUUCAAGCCGGAAUUUAUUUCUCAUUUUGGUCGAUUGUUCAUGUCAAGAACAUUUUUGUUGACUUUGUAGAUGAUAGAACGAAACUCUUCACAGCGAUUACUGGAGCUUUCAUAUUUUUUCAGGCAAUAAUUUUCAUGAAAACUGUUUCGUUUUGUACGAGACUUGACUCUGUAAAAGUUUUAAAAGCAAAGAUUUUGCAAGAUGCCGCAAAGACAACGAAGGAAGAAAUGAAAAUUGAAAGGAGAUAUCGAAAGUUCACAAGAGUUUUGAUUGUUGCUACGGCAUCAAUUUAUUUCUUCACUAUAGUGUUAGCAUUGAUGUGGGAAUUAAUCUUCAUUCGUCAGAUGGUUAUGAUGAUUCGGAUGCAAAUGCCUUGGACUUUGCCAGACGAACAUCCAUCACAUGAAAUAAAUCUCUUCAUGAUGUUUUCUUGGCAAGUUGUGACACUCAUCGUUCUUGUUGGUUACGAGUCUUUCUUUUACUUAGUGACAUUCCAUUGUGUGGCGAAAAUGUCUGUUUGUUGUUUUGAUGCAAUGAAAAUUGACGGAAAAACUGAUGAAAAAAGUAUUUCUGAUCUGGUUAACAAACAUUUACAUGUUCUUGAGUUAAUUGAAAUAUCUGCCAAAAUAUUCAAUCCCAUCUGCUUUCAUCAACUUUUUACAACAUUUGGAUUAUUGUGCGAGAAGUUUCAAGAAUCUCUUUAUUGUUCCAAAUGGUACGAAAUUGAAAGUGUCAAGUCAAAGAAGAAAAUUCUUUUCAUGCUGAUGAUGGCACAACGUAGAAAGGAAUAUUCAGUGCUUGGUGUUAAGCCAUUGAACUUGCAAACCUAUGCAGAUGUCGUCAAGCAAGCUUAUACAUUUUUAAACAUUCUUUUGGGAGCUUUGUAA